GAGAGAGAGAGAGAGAGAGGGAGAGAGAGAGUGUGUGUGUGGUUCAUGUAUGAGUGGAAGAUAAUGAGUAGGGAUGUUCAUUCAGCUGUUUGGCUGGUAAAAUGCCUUCCGCAGUAGGACCCAGAGGGCUUGCUGUAUCUGUCAUCGCUGGGGCUGGACAAGUACACCUUUAUGGGGAAGCUGCCAAACUAGGACGUAAAAAUCUUGCCAAAGAAAUUCAACUCAAGCACAAAAAAGUUCAGCUUUGAGCCAUUUAAUUGGCCCCUAGCACCUGACAGGAAAAUACAAUGGUUCCUGAAGUCAAAUUUGUGACUGCUAUAUAUUUGAGGCGCUAGAAUCCAUGCUCUCCUCACUCACAACAGUCCUCAGAUAAUAACAGAAUGAGCGCGUCAGUGGCCGUCUAUAGGAAUAUUUACACCGAAGAUCGCUUCAGACAAACGUAUGGUACCGAGGACAAACACAGCGGACGGGAGAAGCUCCGUGAAAAACUUCUCAAGAGGUGCAGGUGUUCGCAGGAUUCAUGCCACAACCUGUUGAAGGAGAGAGUGCCGAUUUUCAACUGGCUUCCAAAAUACAGGCUAAAGAAAUGGAUUUUAGGAGAUGCUGUAGCAGGACUGACAGUUGGCAUUCUUCAUAUACCUCAAGGAAUGGCGUUUGCACUGUUGACAUCCGUGGCACCCAUCUAUGGGCUGUACACUUCAUUCUUCCCUGUUGUCCUCUACAUGCUCUUCGGGACAGGCCGCCAUGUGUCCACUGGUACCUUCGCUGUGGUGAGCCUGAUGACUGGUUCUGUGGUGGAGCAGCUGGUGCCCACCCCUCUCGCCCUGAACUCCAGCAGUCCUGAGGCGGCAGAAUUCGAAGCCCAGAGGAUUGGAGUGGCGUCCGCAGUGGCCUUCCUCUCAGGGAUUCUGAUGUUGGGCAUGUUUAGUCUCCAGUUAGGUUUCCUGUCCACAUACCUGUCGGAACCCAUUGUCAAAGCCUUCACGAGCGCGGCUGCCUUCCACGUGACUGUCUCUCAGCUGCAAAGCAUGCUGGGGCUGCGGCUACCGCGUUAUACGGGACCCUUCUCCCUCUUCAAGACCCUGGCAUCAGUGAUGGAGAAUCUGCCCCACACAAAUCUGGCAGAGCUUCUCAUCUCUCUGGUCUGCCUGGCGGCUCUGGUGCCCGUCAAGGAGGUGAACAUGCGCUUCCGACAGCGGCUCCGAACCCCCAUACCGGUGGAGAUCCUCACUGUCAUUAUUGCGACUGGGGUGGCAUACGGUUCCUCCCUGGACUCCAGAUAUGGCAUUCAGAUCGUGGGCCAUAUACCUGCAGGGUUCCCUCCGCCCCGCAUGCCUGCCCUGCAGGUGCUGCCGGAGAUCGCCGGUGACACUAUCGCUAUCACGUUCGUAGGCUACGCCGUGUCUGUCUCUCUGGCAAUGAUUUACGCCGACAAGCACGGAUACUCCAUACAGCCCAACCAGGAACUGCUGGCUCACGGCGUCUCCAACACGAUCUCCUCUCUCUUCACCUGCUUCCCCAGCUCUGCCACCCUGGCCACCACCAACAUCCUGGAGAGCGCCGGUGGACACACGCAGCUCUCUGGCCUGUUUACCAGCCUGGUGGUGCUGGUGGUGCUGCUGCUGAUCGGACCCCUUUUCUACUUCCUGCCCAAGGCAGUGCUCGCGUGCAUCAAUGUGACCAGCCUGAGGCAAAUGUUUGUCCAGUUUCAGGACCUCCCAGAAUUGUGGAGAGUGAGCAGGAUUGACUUUGUUGUGUGGCUGGUGACCUGGCUCUCAGUGGUGGUGCUGAAUGUGGAUGUGGGCCUGGCCAUUGGCGUGGUCUUCUCCAUGAUGACCGUCAUCUGCCGUACUCAGAGGGCUGGAUGCUCAGUGCUAGGAAGGGCCUCCAACACAGAGAUCUACAGACCUGUAGACAACCACAAUAAGUGCUAUGAGAUCCCGGGGGUGAAGAUCCUGACCUAUAAUGGACCUAUCUACUAUGGCAACCGAAGCUUCUUCCGGGCCCACAUGAGUCGGCUGCUGGGCCUGAGCCCGGAGAGGAUCCGGCGCAGAGAGAAGGCACGGAAAGCCCUGGAGAAAAGGGAAAGGGAGUCCAUUAACGCGGUGGAAAGAGGUGUUGCAAAUACGUCAUUUUCCUCUGAAAAUGAGUUCUUUAAAUCAGAGGCCCUGGAGAGUGAGGUCCAGGCCGUCCUCAUGGACUGCGGCAGUGUCAUCUUUGUGGAUGUGGCAGGGGCCCGGCUGUUCAUCCAGAUGUGUAUUGAGUGUCAGAAGGUUGGGAUGAGGAUAUACCUGUCAAACUGCAAUGAGAGUGUCCUGAAGAUCCUGACCUCCAGUGGUCUGAUGAACUACAUGAACCCUCAGCACAUCUUUGUCACCGUCCAUGAUGCCGUCGUCUACAUUCAACAGCAGAAGGAGAAACCACCAGAGAACAACACAACGAUUUGGGUGUAAAAGGUGACAUUUCAUUUAGUGGGAACACAGCAUCCAACCAGGAUCCCAACUGAGCUGCGGAGAGAGAGGAUAAGCUUGGAAAAGCUUCAACGGCCAUAGAGGAGUAUACAGACGGGCUCCACGGGGUCUCCAGCGGUGUGCCUUUUUCUUUUGAUCAAAAUGACGGCUGAAUCCAAAAACCUUUUUGCGGGUGCUGGUUUUGCAUCGACACCAUUCUAUUAUUUGGAAAUGGCUAUGCAAAUGUAAAUGUUUGUGAAGCUUCAAAAUGAAGGGAUUGUUCAGUCGUGUAAUAUACUCAUCAAUUCUGUCAGGUCCAAACUGAUGUUACCGACUGCAUAGCAUGAAAGUGGUGGGCUGGGGGAGUUAUGCUGAAUAUCAGAACAGCUGAGUUUAUAGUAUAGUAUAUUCAUACCAGUAUACAGUAUAAGAGCAUGAUCUUACGUCUGCUCACAACUCUACGAUCAAGGUAGGGUAUUCUGCAAAUAAAUUAGGUCUAUCAUUAUUUGUCUCUGCCACAAAAAAAAAUGUAAUGAAUGGAUUCACUCACUACAUUGCAAGGAAAAGCAACAUUCAAGUUUAUAUGGAUAAGUAUGAACCUGAAAAUAAGUGAGGGAUCCUUGUACUGCUGUACUGUAUGUCAGUGUGAAAAAUAGUUUCUGUGUGAUAUCAGCCAUAACAAUAUGGAAGUGUGGCUUGUUCAGAAUAAAACUAAGGCUCUCAAUAUAAACUCUCUUGUGCACACACAUCCCACAUGUUGGUUGUCUUACCAUUAUAACUCAUGAAAGACCUCUUGAACCAUGAGCUGGAAUAGGUGCCAGCUGUGUAGCAUGGACGCCUGCCUUAUACCAUACUAUUUGUUUGUUGUUUGGACUGAGCUGGAAAGAUAAAGAAGUAAAUUAUUUUUGUCUGUAUUUUGUACUCAUUACAUUUAAGAUGUACUUCUUGAUGCUGGAAAAAAAAAUGACAUAUUUAUUUUUGUCAUUGAUGAAUGAAGUAUGAAUAAACAUGAAUUAUGUACACUA